UAUUUCAAUGGGCGGACAGUAACAGUAAUGUCAGUGCUCGGCCCCGCGGGACUGUUUUGAAUUGAACUUCAGUUAAAUAACAAGGAGAAAGAGAAAAGCAGCCAUGUCAGAAGAAAACGAGGACUCUAAGACUGUGGAGACGGCGGUGGAGGAGCAGAAAGAUGUGGAGAAUAAGGUGAUCUGUGCGGAGAGGGUAGAGGAGGCCAAACUCAAGGCCAAGUACCCACACCUGAGCGGAAAAGCUGGAGGAUCCGAUCUGCUCAGGAAAAGACUGCAGAAGGGGCAAAAGUACUUUGACUCUGGUGACUACAACAUGGCGAAAGCCAAGAUAAAGAACAAGCAGCUGCCGGCAGCGCAGACGGAGAAGACGGAGAUAACGGGGGACCACAUCCCAACACCUCAGGACCUGCCACAGAGGAAACCCUCUCUGGUGGCCAGCAAACUGGCCGGCUGACCAAUGCCCUGUCCACCAGCUUUUGGCUCUCCGCAAUGCAACAUGCUGCUCUCUCUUUCUCUGUUUCAUUCUCUCUCAUGUUUAACACUCCAUGCACUCUCAAAACGGAUGUGUGAAAGGAAUCGCCAGCAUUUUUCCCCUUAAUCUUUAAUUACUGCAUUAGUAGCGCACAUUUCCCUGUACAUAGGCAAGAGCAGAACACCUGAAAGACGUAGACGAGUAGCUGCUUUAACAUAGUGUUUUAUUUUUUAACCAGGAGUCUCACUUUAAUGUGAUAAAUGUUUAACAGCACUCAUUUUUUUCAGCUAUGUAAACCAGUUUCCUAGUUUGACCGUCUGUAGUCUCAGUCUACAGCCCAGCUGACUGUGCAAUGUGGGUAUGACUCUGCGACUGCAGCCCUCUUGUUGAAAUGCAGCUUUUAAAUGGAAGGUUCCACUGAUAAAACCAAAGUUAUUUCCAGCUGCUGAAAUGCUGUGAAUGAUGUUUUUCACUAAAGUAUAUAAAAUCUGAAGUAUAAGCACUGGAGGACGCCUUCUGCAGACAGUGCUUGUAGGAGAACUAUGGAUAAGUCAACAAGCAGCAAACUAACAAAAGCAACAGCAGAGCAGAGAAUUCAGUACACCUUGAAAUGAGAGGCUACAGUCACAGAGGAGUAUGUGCAGCCAAUGUCAAAGGUUAAAAUAGGUUAACGUAGUUCACGUUAAUCAUGAUAGAUUUUAUAGAAUAAUUGAAAGUAAUAAAUACAUUCUGGUAAAGCUUAUUUUGUCCACUCAUAUAGCUAUAACAAUUCAGCGCUUUUUAAAAGAAAAAUCCCUCUUUAUGAUCAAGUUUAACCAAAUAGGAUAAAUACAGGUAAUCACAAAUCACAAAACAAUGUAACUAAUGUGAUUAACAGUGUGGUUCAUUUUAAUCGUUUGACAGCCCUAUUUUUAUUAAUUGUCUAAUUAAGACCAGCACGUUUUGCGUUGAUUGUAAUGCACAUCUUGUUUAACACAGGCAAUACAUUCACACCAAGAGCGCAAACAUCCGUGGCAGAUGUUGAUUUGUGAUUUGUGAAUUGGCCUGAAAGCAUUUAUUUAACACAUCGUUUUUGAGAGUGUCCUGUUUUAUUCCCCUCUAUUUUCUGUUAAUCCCGAUUCAUGUUCACUUUACCUCCAUCUACGAAAUACACUGAAAAUAGAAGUAUGCAGGUUAGUCAUGCUGGACUGGGCAUGGUGUCAUUACAGUCAGUGGCUUGUGGGAGAGGGGUGGUGCUGGGGGGUGUAUACAAAAGUCUUUAUGAAGAUUUAUAUGUGCAGUAGGCGUUGUAGAUGAACGUGUACAUAUUUGCUUGUGUUGAGAGUUGAAGCAGUUGUUUUUUUUUUUUUCUUUUAAUUUCACCAUUCCCAAAGCUUAUAAACGACUGGAGUAGCGCGCUUGAAUGAUUGAUGAUGUGCUUCUUCUCCGCGUCAUGAGUUGGUCUUUUUCUGUUUGUAAACAUUUCAGCUUUAAAGACCCAAAAAUGGACCACACUGCUGCUGCAAGUCCAGUUGAAAAAGCAUCUGGCACAGUUUCUCCAAGGCUGCUGUUGGCUCGCUGCAUUUGGCCCUGAAAAAAGGCCUUAACCAAUCAUGUUACUGAUCUAAAGUAGCCAUUGUCAAGGCUAACACUGAGUGAGGGGGAGCGAUACAGCAAAAAUUCAACAAAAUGUAUCAGGAUAUUUGAAGACUUUUUCUGGUACCACUUUACAAUAAGACUACCCUUAUAAAGAGUUUAUAACUGGCUUAAGAUUUGCUUAUUAAUGGUUAUUAAUUAGAUCAUAAGCAACUGAAAAAUCAGAGAUGACAAAGUAAAAUCGGUUACCAGCAAUAUAGAUGAAGGUGAGCUCACUAUUUGGCAAGAAACAGGUCACUGUUGCCCUUUUUAUGUAUAAAUUAUAACUGCUUUUUAAUGGAGUUAAUAACCAGUUGUAAACUAACUUUGAACCAUUCAUAAACCCUUUAUAAGGAUUUUAUUGUGAAGUUGUAUCCAUUUUUUCAGUACCUUAUAAGCAUCACGGUAUUUUGCUUUUCUGGGGUUUGUGAACAAGGUGGAAUGGAUAAAAUGCACCAGCGAAAUGUCACGUUUUAAAAAGCUGUACAAUAAUUUUUAAUCAGUGUUUGCAAAAAUAUGCUGUUUAAGAAGAAACAGAAGGGAAAUGUUUGAGUAAUUGUUCAAAAUAAUGAGUAAAAUAAGAUGAUGUCAUCCAAAAAGCCGCUUUGUUCCUGUGCAGUUUAUGCAGUUACUGUACACUAGUUGUCGUUGUUUACAGUCUCUAUAAUUGGUCUUUUUUACGUUCAGUGUUCUCAGAGUACUGACCGCACCCGUGAUAAGCUCAGAAAAGCGCAUCGUGACGUAAUUUAUCGUGAUAAUGAUGAUACAUCAUCAUAUCGCCCACCCCUAACACCCAGUAACACGAGCUUCACAGCGUGACUCCACCGAUUUGGAGCUCAGCCGCGACUGGAGCUGGAGCAGUAGCAGUAACUGGAAGAACGCAGUUCUCAUUGAGGUCCUCUUGUCAGUUUUGAAGCACUACACACUAAACCGUCUGGGCCAGGGUGCGCAUAGGCAUCGACCACAGUCACUUUUGUGCCAUUUGAUUUGUAAAUAAAAUAGUUUUGCAAACCUGUGCACUUUCA